CACACUGCACUUGUGUAAACACUCCUGCAAAUACACAAAUAUACAGACACUCACUAGUGCACCUCCAUCCUGCUCAGCUGGAGCAGGGUGUGGGAUGAGGCUGCCAGUGCUGUGUGGGAGUGCUCUGUGUGGCUGGAUGUGUAAUCCAUGUCCAUGUGUAUUUGCUUAACUGGUACAUGUGUGAAUCUGUGCAUGUGCCUAUUGGAAAUACAAACUCUGUCUGGCUAUUGCUUGGACAUGAGUAUGAGGAUGCAGCAGCCUCACCUCUCUCAGGCUACCAGUUCUCAGACAAUUUUGCCACAUCAAUAGAUACAUAUAUUUGUGUACAUAUAUGCAUUGGUAUAUUUCAUAUGGUUUCAUAUAGAAGCACAGCAUUUCUACCCAUUGAAUUGAGAUAAGAUGGAUUAAAGCAGACAGAAGAAGGCAACAGCUUUCUCCCAAAAUAUUUGCACAAAAAAAAAAAAAAAUAACAGUUCUGUUUUUCUUUCAGGGAUUUCAUGUUUCUUGCACCCUACCUAAGCACAUCUGUAAUGCAGCAGGAGGUCUGGUUACAGUAUUGGUUGGCAUUCCUGAUAUACCUUGAAUCAAAUUAGCACAGUUAUGGGUGGCAGCAGAGAUCUUCAGGUUCCCCUGGUUUUCAUAAAAGUCUAGUUUCAGGUGCAGUUGAGCUAAUGCAAUGUAAGUACAAUAAUGAAUUCCUGUUUCUUGUCUCUCUACUCUUCUGCUCCCUUCUCCCCACCAAGUACAUAUUUUCAGGCAUGGUAGACUCUCUUCAUUCUGUACAUCUUGUGAUAACCUGCCCUUAACAUCUACCACAGAUGACACCUUUUUGGAUCACAGUCAUCACCUGCAGGCAAGGAUUUGCAAAACUUGGGACCUUGUGUGAGGUGAGGCUGUGAGGCAGCAUACCAGAGAGAGAGAAGCAGGUCCAAGCUGUUUGGGUCUGUGUGGUCACUGAGCAAGGCAUGGAAACAGCAAAAAAGCACCACCUGAGUUCCAAGUGUCUGAAAGCAGAGAUAUCUGAGACCAGGCUGGCAUCAGGUGCUGUUAAAAUUAUGACCAAAGGUAGCUUCAUUUCUGACAACGUCUGAAGACCUGAGUGUUUUUGUAAUAUGAGUUAAUUCAGCUGGAGGGAAUUUACUCUUAAACCAAUACACAAUUUUAAGAAGAAUUUUUCUUCAUGCAAAAGUGAAGCAUAUCCUCAGCGUGUUUUUAAACACAGCCUGAAAAGAAGACAACAACACUGAAGGCUGACAAAUGACCCUGAGCUGUGGGAGGAAGAGUGGAAGUGGACAGAGUAAACAGAUCACCCAUCACACUGUAACUGGGUAAAUUUGAGUUUAUGCAUAAUACUUCUGGCUCUUGUUUUCCCCAGUGCAAUGGGAUGCCAGAAAAUGGUAUCACGAUAAUACAGCCCUUUCUAAAAAAGGCCAUGGAGCCAGACUGCUGACCAUAUUUAGCUCUACUAAAUUGUGAUUGGCACCAGCAAGCCUCAGUUGUCACCCACUGACAUUUUGUUCAGCCCUAAAAAUGAAAACAGUUGCCUGCACUGUUUCAAGACAUGAGAGUCACUGGGGACUCAUAGAUAGGGAAAGAGAAAGAUAAGGUAAAGUAACAAGUUCAUCAUGAUUUAGGAUCUCAAAGCCAGCCCAGCCAAAAGGGUUAUUCUGUGUUUCUGAGGCUGUAAGAGGUGGCAGCAAGUGGCAGCAGGUCACGAGGGAUGUCUGCAGCCAGAUGGGGUGAGCACACACCAGGGAGAAGCAGCACCUGCCCCAUCUGCACCCCUGAACCUCACUGGCAUGGACGACCUGUCCAUACUCACCAUCAGUAUGAAGUGCUCACCAUGGAAGGCACUGUGAAAUGCUUUAAUGGGUCUGUGCCUGCAGUAAAACAUGACUGCUUUCCUUUGCACCUUUGCUUCCCCAGGUUUGGCUGAGGUGCUGGGAGCUGUACUCUCAGGUUUACUCUUGGUGGCUGGUGGGACCUGUUCAUUGUGCAGUGGGAGGGAUUAAAGCUUGGGAGUCUCCUGGGGGUCCCCAGGAGUAGGGCAGGCACCUUUGCCCAGCUGCUCAAGUCUGGUUCAUUCCCACUUUCCUUAUGUCCAUCUCACCUGGAGAGAUACGAAAACCACCACUGCUGUCUGUGCCAGCUGCUGCAUCCAGUGACAAUGGGAACUGGGUGACAAUCCCAACAAGCAGAAACCACAAAGUGCUGUGCACACCAAGGCGAGUUAAGCUGUAAAGGGCAAUCCUCCAUCAGCAGGGAGCUGAUACAGGGCUGGGGAAGGGGUUUGAUCUUUUCCUUUCAUGGAGAGGGCACAGAAUACUAUUGGUUCAGUCUCUCCACUUGUCUGCAAAGUAUCAGUCCAGGAGUGACAGAGUUAACAAAUACAGUGGAAGAGACAGCUCUGUAAGCUGAGCUACAUGGUCACAUGCACAGGUUUUAUUUUUAACAUCCCAAAACUGCUUGAUGUUUCUGCCUGGGCUUGCUCUGUGUCCUGUUCUCUUCUCUUUCUUUGCUUGCAGCUCUUUCUCACCCACCUCAGUUCAGCCCAGCUGAGCACAACCAGGAGAGAAGUGUUUGGUACGUGCACAGGGACUCUAUGAUCAAGCACCGGGCCCAGAAAGCUCCCCCUGGGCAACACAGGCACUGUGAGCAAUGUUUCAGCCGGCACUGCCGCGCACCCAUUGAGAUCUCCGUGUCCUGCAUGGUGAUCAGCUGCCACCUCCACUGCGGGGCCACCUUCCACAUGUGCAAGGAGGAGGAGCACAAGUUACUCUGCCCCUUGGAGCAGGUGUCCUGCCUCAACUCAGCCUAUGGCUGCCCUUUCUCCAUGGCCCGCUUUAAGCUGGGGAAGCACCUCCAGGUCUGUCCAGCCAGUGUUGUCUGCUGCUCGAUGGAGUGGAACCGCUGGCCAAAUGUGGAUUCAGACACAACCCUGCACAAGAACAUUAUGAAAGAAACCUUGAAUGAAGAAUGUCUGGACACAGCUUUGGCACUCAGAGACCAGAAGAUACUUUUCAGGACUUUGAAAAUAGCUGAAUUAUUUCCAGAGUGGAGGAAAAAGGAUGAACUGGAAGAAUUAAUGGAUCAAGCCAUGGGUGGGGAAGCAGGUGCUGUGGGAGGAGCUGCCUGUGGUUCCCAAGAGGGCAAUGGCCAGUCUGAGCUCAGCCAGCGUGAGCGGGAAGAUUUGGCAAAGGACAAAGAGGGAAUGGAUCUGGGGAGUUACAAAACCUGGGAGAACAUUUUCAGCAAAGAGCUUCUGGCUUGCCAGGUAACAGGCUCAGCAACCAGCACAGGACAAAAGAAAGAGGAGGCUUCCAAGAAAACACCAGCAGCCUCUCAUGCUCCCAGCUCUACAGAGAAGGCAAAGGAAGGACCUGAGAGUGCAGAAGAGGGAAAGAGCCAAAAGUCUGAACAAGUUACACCGAAUAGAGUACUGAAUGGACUGGCUCCCUGGCAAGAAGGGGUCCUGGAGAGGCUGAAGAAGGAGGUCAGUGUAGCUGAUUACAACAUGUAUCUGGUACAUCAUGGAGGAAUGCUCAUCCGCUUUGGCCAGAUGGCUGCUUGCACGCCUAAAGAGAAAGACUUCGUCUAUGGGAACUUGGAAGCCCAGGAGGUGAAGACUGUCUAUACCUUCAAAGUGCCAGUUAGUUACUGUGGCAAAAGAGCACGACUAGGAGAUGCACUGGGCCACAAGAUGCCAACUUCAGACAAGUCAGUGGAUACCUCAGAACUGGGAAUAAAUGUAGAUGAACUACCUAAGACAAACAUAGUUGAAGCCACACUGCUGUGUGCUCUGGAAAAAGAGCAGAAAGGCCAUGAGAUCUCUGAAGCAAGAGGUAUUGAUGGACUCUUUGUGGAUUUUGCAACACAGACAUACAAUUUUCCUUUGGAACCCUUCUCCUCUAGAGCAGUUCUAGCAGAUAUUCUGGAUGAAAACAGCCCACCAGAAAUGCACAUGGAGCUCUACACUGAAUGUGUAACCAGAAGACACAACAAAAGCAGUUCAGCUUUCACGUUCACUUGCAGCCAUUUCUUCAGAAGGGAUGAGUUCCCGUCUCACUUCAAGAAUGUGCACGCUGAUAUCCAGUCAUGCUUGGAUGGAUGGUUCCAGCAUCGCUGCCCACUGGCCUACUUGGGAUGUCCUUUUGUCCAAAAUCACUUCCGCCCCGAGGGACUUAAGGCCAAGGUUAUUUACAGCAAGACUCUCAAGACAUUUGCUAUUAAGCCAGAGGUGGACACCCUUCUUGCUGAACCGGGCAAGUGCAAUUCCACAGUGGAUAGUCGAGGGAGAAACAAGGACCUGCUGAGCAGCCUCCCAGUGGAAGUGCUCAAGUACAUUGCAGGAUUCCUGGACAGCUUCAGUUUAUCUCAGCUAUCACAAGUGUCAGUGCUCAUGAGGGACAUCUGUGCCACUCUUCUUCAAGAGAGGGGAAUGGUCCUGCUGGUCUGGGAGAAAAAAAGAUAUUCCCAUGGUGGUACUUCUUGGAGAGCUCGCAAAAAGAUCUGGCAGUUCAGCAGCCUGUUCUCCAGAGUUCACAGCUGGCAGCGCAGCGACGUCCCGAGCAUGUCGGAGCACCUGAGGAAUUGUCCCUUCUACCAGGCGGAGCGCAGGACGGAGCCCGUGCUGCUGGCAGGCAUGAGUGAAUCUCGGGAGCAGACUCGAAAGACUUUGGUCUCUACUUUCAAGCACAGAGUCUGAACAGCUUGCUUCCCCUCUGCCAUGCUUCCUCCUGGGGUCUUGAGAUGAAGAUUUGGGGAUUCAGGUGUAAAGAUUGUUGCUUCCAACUCUCCUUUGGACAUACAAAAUCGACUUCUCCCCAGCUGUGUUUGAAACCUGUGGUUUGUUUUUUUUCUGCAUUAAUUUGUUAAAACUUCAGCCACUGCUUGCUAACAUCACAUGCUUUCUGUUUGUUUCUGUUCCUGGUUUAAUACAGCAUCUUGAAGAAAGCAAUGAGGAUCUUACUUGAAAAUAGCAUUUUUACAUCCUUGAAGGUAGGCUGGUCCUGUACCAUGUGCUUGAGGGAAGAAAGAGCAGUAAUGUACUUAGCCCAAAUAGAUCUGAAACACCUUAAUUUAGUCUGGAAAGCCAAGUUCUUGGAGCACAAGUAGAUGCCCUCCUGCCUGGCAGACCUAGGGACUGCUAACCUGCUCUGCAAGGUGGGAAAAGGGAAAGGACACCCCAAAAUUAUGUGAAUUAUUUAGAACUCCAGUGAGAACUUGGGAAUUCACAGCCACAGACCAUAAUUUAGGACCCUGACUAAGGCAGGCAUGCUUAGUUGAGUGCAAGCCUAAAGCUGAGCUCAUGGGAGCAUUCAAACCAAACCAAAGCAAACAAACUUACUCUUCAUUAUAAGUAACCGAGUAGCAAACAAUUUUAGAGAUUCAAUUGACUUUUUAUAUGUUAAGAUAAAAACUUUCUGUGUUUUAUCUGAUAAUUCAUUAAAGCCAUGAAAGAAUAUUUGAUAAUUUUUAAAAUGCCUUACUAACUCAGUUGCGCAGUUGUAAAUUGCAAAUUCUAAUUGUAAGCAACUGAAAACAGAAUGUCAAAGAAAUAAUAUUCUUUUCCAUAAAAGAAAAGUAAUUCAGUAACCCAUUCAGUAGCAGAAUGGAUAAUGUUUGCUUCAGUUAAAUGAGCUGGAGCAUAGGAUCUUUUUUUACAGAGCCAUAAAAGUGAUUAGGAUUUGGUUUAUCUUUUAAUAAAUACACUAACUUAAACCAGAACAGGCUUGCUGAGGCAACAGAUGAGAGAAAACAGGCAUGUUACCAGCAGUGUCUAUCUUAUUACACAAUUUGAAUCCAUUUCAGUGGUACUAGUCAGAAAUGCCAUGGAUGUGGUGGUGGGUGAGAUUCCUCUGAAAUGGCCAUACAUUUAUUUGUCAGUUUAGGACAGUUUCUAGCCACUGCACAGCCACAGGGUGCUGACUCACCCCUUUCUUUUCUAAGCUCAUAGCCAGAAGUGUGAGCUCAGGACUGAAGUUGGCUUCUAUCUCUCUGUCUGGGGCAGGACAACCUUGCUGGGAACCAGGAUAUUUGCUGGCCUGGACCACUGCUCUUCACACCUGGGCGGGCCAGGUGCAAACUGGCUCAGCAGAUGGGUACGUGCCACACUUGCCAUCCUCAGCCUUAGUGCAGAUCUGGGAUGAGAUGGCCUGGCAGAAGGAGCCCUUUCUUACCCAGAAAAGUUGCUGAUGAACCUGGGCUGAGUGCUUGGUAGUCAAAGGUGUGAAUUGUGUGGUGACCCAAACCACCCUAAAUGCAGCUCAGUCUUUUCUACACCUGCAGCUUAAGUGGUUCCUGUGAGAUUUUUAACCAUAUGAGGAUGUUUUUCGUGUCCAGACACACACCCUCAGGAGCAUACAGUCUGAGCUGUGAGGGCAGUGGAAUGGUCCCAGGGAACAGGAAAAGCAGCACUUUUUCUGCCCCUAGAGAUCCUUUCUGGGAAGUCUCAUAAUGCUUUAACAUGAAAAUAAACUUCUCUGCGCAGGUAUCCUGCCCAAAACACAAGUAGCAUACCAGGUUUAUGAAGAGGAAACUGAAGGAAAUGAACACAGGGAACCUAAGCUGGGCCAGGAGCAGCUGGAAUCAGAUACUCUGAUCCUUCAUCCUGAGGCUUAAGCCACUGCACAGAAACAAACUAUCCAUCCUUUAAAGCUGCCUACAAAAAACCACCUGCCCUCAAAACAUUCCAUAUAACAUGAUCUGCCCAAAAUUAUCUCCUUGUUUUACCCAGCAAAGUUGACAGAUGUGAAAACAUACAGCUAGAAUUCUUAGACUUCCUAAGUCUCUAGGAAUUCCUAAGAGACCUGGAAUUCCUAGAUCUCUAUAUCAGGGCCUCAUUCUUCACUUGUCAUGUAUCUGAUUUUGAGCACCCAACUCUAUCUGCAGAACACAGUAUCUGCAAGUGCAUGUCCAAAAAUUGGGUGUCAGAAUCUAUGCUGGGUCCAUACUUUUAUUAAUAACUUGGGGAGGGUGGAAAAAAAUGUUGCUUAAAUAAUAAGGUCUCAGAGUAAGUCAGUGCUCAAGGCUGGUAGGAGACCAUGAAAAAUUUCAGCCUGAACAGUCUCUCACAUGAUCAGUCACUUAGCUGCUGUAAAGUGCUGUGGCUGCCCUGAAAUUUUUGCCUAUGUUAGGUGUGAAUUUGGCUCAUUUUACCUUUAGUGCCAGUGUCACCAGCACCACUGCUACUCUGCUCCUGGCUGCCUUCUGUCAGUUCCAGAGUAUUUUUUUCUUGUCACUCCCUGCUCCUGGAGAUGCCAUGACUUCAGUUCCAGCCUUAUUACAAUAGAUUCCACUUCUUCCCUCCACAGUAGGUGCCUGAGUCAGACUUCAGGGGGAUGCAACCUUUGGAAAUAUGAUGUUGAUGGUGCAGGUCAGAGUUAGGAAUAUUGCAACCUCUACCUCUUGGGAUCAGGCAGGGUGUGCAUAGAACAUCCAGGAGAUUGGAUCAUUUCCCUUCUGGUAUUCAUACAGGUAAUGCUGGACAGACACAGAAUGUUCAUUCAUAGAGAGACAUAUUUGCUCCUGUGAAUGUACAGGUAUAUUUCUGUAAACUGUAAAUUUGAUUAAGUAACCUUCAGCACAUCCACUGAAAGCUGGAAAUCCACAGCCAAAAUCUUCAGGUUAGUCUGGUUAACCUGAUCUGGGAGAGGCAAAUCUAUACAGGGAACAGGGGACCACCCUUCCAUUUCUGCAUACCCACCUGGCCAAUGUCAUCAGGGAGAUGCUUCUCACUUCAUCCCACCCUUAUCACGAGUGGAGAGCUGUGAGCUGGUGUCAGAUGCAGUUUUAUUAAUCUAAGGGUCAUGCCAAGCUAGCUCAGAGUUGAUGGUCCUGCUCAUUAGCAGAGUCAAGAGAAGAUUUAGGAGGUGGAAGGAACCGAAUUUUCCUGCACUGUAUGUCUUGGUGAGCACAAUGCUGGCUUAUUUAAAAGGUGAGAGGCUUUGCUUUGGAUUCAGCAAGUCCUUAGCUCCUGGUUUAACUUUGUAAUUUGGCCAAAAAAACUUCAGCUAAAUUUCAGCUUGAGGAAUUUGAUCAGAAGAAACUGAUCAUUUGGUGUUUUUCAAAAUAGUCUAUUGUUUUGGCAGGGUCUGAACUGGAAAAGAGGAUCCAAUUCCAGCAGAGCAUUGAGGUUGCUCUCAGUCCAGCCCUCACACUCUGGAUCUUCAUGACUUUGAUCUUGUUUGUGUUGUCCACAAGUCCUGUGAAGUGCAAGAGCAAUACUCCACACACUCCAGGUUGACAUGUCUUGCAGUGCUUCCUCUCCCUGGAAAAGUGGAAGUGAAAUGAACACAUUGUGGAAAUCAGAAAAGUCAGAGCAGGGGAAAAAACUCAUGACAAGAGAAGAAGGGAAGAGAAAAGGUAAUGAGUUUGGAUAGAGAGACCUGCCUCUUUGUAGGUGGUGUAAGCAGAGGCAAGAGGAGAGAGGUAAAAAGGCACAGGAAUGAGAGGAGUUGGGAUGUACUGCCAAAGCCAGAGGUUUUCUGCACAAAAGCAUUUCCUUGAGAAAGACUCUGGAAAUUCCCAAUUGGUGCUAUACAGUAACAUGGGGCAGAUAAAAAUUUUUAAGAGGUGAAAGGGCAAGUGACCUACUGACAUGUAUCCUAAGUCUGGGUUGAAGGAAGGAAUUUUUUGAUGGACCUCCAACUCCCAAAGCUGAGUGAGCACAGAUAAGGUCAAGUUUAUCUGACCAGUGCCUGUUAUUUUGUGAAACUUUGUAACUCCUUGUUGCAUUCUUAGGAAUAAAAAUUAUUAUGGUAUAAAAAGAUCCAUUCAAAUUCAGGUCUUAGCUUGGUUUUUUUGGCUUCAUCACAUUAAUGUAUAUUUUGCCUUCAAAUCAGGUGUGGCAGUUCCUGUACCCUCAUAUUCAUUAUGCUCCUGUCUACUGCUCUGCUCUUCACUAUCAUUUUUCUGGUUGAAGACUUUUAUUUAUAUAUGUUUUAUAUUUAUUUAAUUUUAACAAAUAUUUUUAGGUUUGACCCCAUCUUCUUUGUACAGCCACAUUUUCCUUCCUGGUUCAGUUAUUUACUUCAAUGAAAAACUACCUCUUCUUUUAAAAAUCCAUUUUCCAGAUUGAUGCUACAUUAUAUCUGCAAACAUAUGAAGAAAAGUUUUCUCCUUACCUUUGUCUUUGUGGCUGUUCAUCCAGGUAGCUACAGAGGGGCUUUUACUUCUUUGCUUUGCAUGUUCCAGAGACACUGCACAGAAAUUCCGUUCCAGAUCUCUCUCAGAAAUUCUGAGCAUCUUUCACAUACAGUUUCCUUACCACUGUAGUCCACACUACAGAAUCUCAAAUUCCCUGGGGUUUAAUUUCUUUUGAAACAAAACAUGCAUAUGCAGUGCAGGCUUAUUCUUAUUUAUCUUCCCACUGA